CCAUGGCGGCCCGCGCGCCCCCCGCCGCACCUGCGGCCGACGAGCCGGGGGGCCCCGGCGGCCCCCCGCGCAGGAAGAAGUCCCGCUCGGGCGCGUCCGGCCUCCGCCGCGCCUUCAGCUGGCUGCGGGGCAAGCGGCGCAAGAAGAAGGCGGCGGGCGCCGAGGGCGCCGACCCCGCCGCCCCUCGGGCCAAGAAGGCGGACGACAAGGCCAGGAAGGCCAAGGGGAAGGGCCGAGGCUCUGCCAAGGCUGAGGGUGACAAACGUCUAGGUGUAGGUCCCGGCCAGGGGCCAGGGUCUGUGGUGGAUGAGCACCAGGACAAUGUCUUCUUCCCCAGUGGGCGGCCGCCUCACCUGGAGGAGUUGCACACACAGGCCCAGGAGGGGCUGCGUUCCCUACAGCACCAAGAAAAACAGAAACUGAACAAGGGUGGCUGGGACCAUGGAGACACCCAGAGCAUCCAGUCCUCCCGGACAGGGCCAGAUGAAGAUAGUAUCUCCUUCUGCAGCCAGACCACAUCCUACACAGCGGAGAGCUCCACGGCAGAGGAUGCUCUCUCCAUCCGCUCGGAGAUGAUCCAGCGCAAAGGCUCCACCUUCCGACCCCAUGACUCAUUUCCCAAAUCAUCUGGGAAGUCCGGGCGCCGGCGGCGGGAGAGGCGGAGCACCGUCCUGGGACUGCCGCAGCACGUGCAGAAGGAACUCGGCCUGCGGAUUGAGCGUGAGGCACCAGGCACUCCUCGGCCUCCUGGUCCACGGGAUGCUGUGCGCAUCCCCACGGUGGAUGGCCGCCCAGUGGGCUUGGCCUCAGCGACAGGGGCCCGGGUGUCCCUGCAGGCACUGGAGGCAGAGGCCAGUACCGAGGCAGAGGCCAUGCUGCAGCGCCACAUCGACCGUGUUUACCGGGAUGACACCCUUGUUGGACGAUCCACAGGGGCCCGGCCCCCACCAGUGACCCGACCCAUGUCCCUAGCAGUGCCUGGACUGACAGGAGGGGCAGGGCCUCCAGAGCCCAUGAGCCCAGCUAUGUCCAUCUCGCCCCAGGCUACCUACUUGUCGAAGUUGAUCCCACAUGCUGUGCUGCCACCCACGGUGGACGUGGUGGCCCUGGGCCGCUGCAGCCUGCGCACACUGAGCCGCUGCAGCCUGCUCUCGGCCAGCCCGGCCUCUGUCCGCUCACUGGGCCGCUUCUCCUCGGUCUCCAGCCCACGGCCCCACAGCCGCCACCCUUCCUCUUCCAGUGACACCUGGAGCCACUCUCAGUCCUCUGAGACCAUUGUGUCUGAUGGCUCCACCCUUUCCUCUAAGGGUGGCUCUGAGGGCCGGCCAGAGAGCUCUGUGGCUAGCAAUAGUGUGGCACCCCCUCCCCAGGGGGGCAGCGGGAGGGGCUCUCCCAGUGGGGGCAGCACAGCUGAGGCCUCAGACACUGUCAGCAUUCGGAGUAGUGGGCAGUUGUCUGGCCGGAGUGUGUCCCUACGUAAGUUGAAGCGGCCGCCACCACCUCCCCGCCGGACCCACUCGCUCCAUCAGCGGGGCUCAGCAGCACCUGAUGGGCCCUUGGGGCUGCCUCCCAAGCCUGAGCGGAAGCAGCAGCCACAGUUGCCUCGGCCGCCCACCACUGGUGGGUCAGAAGGGAUGGGGGCAGCACCUUGUCCAUCCACCUCAGCAGGCAGCUGGGUGCCUGGCUUAUCUCCGGGUGGCUCUCGGCGCCCCCCGCGCUCCCCAGAACGGACGCUGUCACCCUCCAGUGGAUACUCGAGCCAAAGUGGUACCCCUACCCUCCCUCCCAAGGGUCUAGCAGGGGCCCCUGCUUCCCCAGGCAAGGCUCAACCCCCUAAACCAGAGCGAGUCACUUCCCUUCGAUCUCCUGGGGCCUCUGUCUCCUCCUCCCUCACGUCUCUAUGCUCCUCCUCCUCUGACCCAGCCCCCUCAGAACGCUCUGGUCCACAGAUGUCAACCAUCCUGGGUGACAGGUUUGUCAUACCUCCUCACCCCAAGGUGCCUGCCCCCUUCUCCCCACCUCCCUCCAAGCCCAAGAGCCCUAACCAAGCUGCCCCUGCUCCGACUGCCCCUGCUAUGGUCCCUGGGCCAAUCUCUACCACUGAUGCCAGUCCUGAAUCCCCCCCCACUCCCCAGACAGCCCUGACUCCACCACAGGAGUCUCCCCUUGCCGCCAAAGACCAGUCACCCCCACCAUCUCCACCCCCAUCUUAUCAUCCACCCCCCCCACCCACUAAGAAGCCAGAGGUGGUUGAGGAGGCCCCAUCUGCCCCAGAGAUGGCUGAGGAGCCCCUCCAAGAUCCCAACUGGCCCCCUCCGCCACCUCCUGCACCCGAGGAGCAGGACCUGUCCAUGGCUGACUUCCCUCCACCUGAGGAGGCCUUUUUCUCUGUGACGGGCCCUGAGUGUGCAGGUCCUUCAGACCCCCCGGAAACUGUCAGUUCCGUGGCUGCUUUGCCCCCCUCAGCUACUGUCUCUUCCCAGAGCCAGCCCCAUGGUACCCCAGACCCUCCUCCAGCUCCACCAGCCCCACCUCCUGCUGGUUCUGUCACAGGGCUUCUGGCCAAGGUCCCUCGGAAAGAACCCAUGGGCUGCAACAAGGGCAGUGGGGUUCCCAGGGAGGAUGCUGGUGCACCUCUGGUCACGCCCUCGCUCCUGCAGAUGGUUCGGCUGCGCUCUGUGGGCACUCCCACAGUGGCUCCAACCCCAGCAUCAGGGCCGUUGGCCCCCCAGAAGCCACUACGAAGGGCCCUGUCAGGGCGGGCCAGCCCAGCACCUGCCGCCUCCUCAGGGCUCCAUGCUGCUGUCCGACUCAAGGCCUCCAGUCUGGCUGCCAGCGAGGGCCCUGUGAGUGCCCAGUCCAAUGGACCACCUGAGGUAGAGCCACGGUGUCCCCAGUCCCCUGCCUCUACGGCCAGCUUCAUCUUCUCCAAGGGCACUAAGAAGCUGCAGCUGGAGCGGUCUGUGUCCCCUGAGACCCAGGCAGACCUUCAGCGGAAUCUGGUGGCUGAACUUCGGAGCAUCUCGGAGCAACGGCCACCCCAGGCUGCAAAGAAGCCACUUAAGGCUCCCCCACCCGUGGCCCGCAAGCCCUCUGUGGGAGUCCCCGUACCUGCCUCCCCCAGCUUUCCUCGGGCUGAGCCUCUUACUACUCCUCCCACCAACGGGCUCCCCCAUGCCGAGGACAGGACUAAGGGGGAGCUGGCGGAGAAUGGAGGUGUCCUGCAGCUGGUGGGUCCAGAGGAGCAGAAGCUGGGCCUGCCUAGCUCAGACCCCCAGAAAGAGCUGGUCUGACCACUAGGCACCUCACUGACACUGCUGGCCCAACCCAGGAGUACAAUCUCAGGGACCUGAGCAGCUCCAAGGAUGAAAGGAUACGGCAGACACUUAACCUAAUCGAGAGGAUGCCUGCAGCCUUAACUCACCGCCUUCAAUAUUUAUGCAAGCCUGGCGUCAAUCUGUCCUCCGAGUCACUCAGCUCUCAUGCCUUUUCCCGAAUGGAUUCACCUCUGGCAGCUGCCACUUCAGUCUUGGCCUUAGCCUCAUCUUGAAGAGGUAGCUGGAGGGAGUGGGUGGUUGCGCCCCCUGCUGGCCCUGAGGCCACAGAGUUGGGAGCAGAACACCUCACUUGAGUUUUUUAUUUUUCUUUUCAUGUCCAAAUCAUGCACAUACUGUAGUCCAGAAUCAAAGCACUUUGAAACGUGGCUGCAUGUCCAUCCUCCAGGGCCCGUGAAGCCACAUUCCAAAGGCCUGUUUACAUGGCAGCAGCAUCAGUCCCUCGUAGCCAGCCCAAUAGCUGGGACCAAUCUGUCCCCUCCCUCCAAACCAAACCAGUUUGCUCCUUUUCUUAGUUCUUGGAGGUGGGCAAGUCAUUGUAUCCCACAGGCUUCUCCACGCUGGAGGCAGGAGUGGGACUGUGGAAUUCCAAAGCACAAAGGUGCAGUGGGGGUUAGCCUUCCUGUGCCUCAACUUACCACCAACCACCCCUCCUGCCUUCCGGCUCUGCCAGGUGCUGCAUGCAGGGGAUAAGUGGGAGACCCAAAUGGGUCGGGGGAGAGAGACCCAGAGGGGAGGUCCACAGGCUCUCUAUCCUCAGAGAGCAGGAGAAGAGAAUGGGGGUCAUCUCGGUUGGCACUUGGCAAUGCCAAGCAUUUCCCCCUUUCAUUUUAUCAGGUUGGGGUAGGCAGGCACGACACUUUAGAGGCAGAAGCCCACGGGCUGUGGCAAAGCUGGGUCCCCUUCAACUGCAGGAAGUCCUGAGGAGGUGGAUGGGGGAGAGGGUCUGGCAGGGGAGGAGCUUAGUUGGGCAAGGGGCCCGGGCCUGGCCCUCUGGAUUUCAUCGUCUGACCUUUCUCUUUCCUUGUCUUCGUGCAUGUCUUUGCUGCAGCUGCCUUUCAGCAUAGGUGGUUCUGCUGGGGGGAGCAGAUGCUGAGUGACAAGGAUGGGAAGCCAAAAGUGCAUUCUAUUCCAGGCUCUUCCCUAGUCAAUGAGAGGGACAUUCCGUGCUCCUAGGGAGCAGGCUGGGUGGUUGCCCCCUAGACAUCAGCCUCUUCUACUGAUCUCUCCUCCAGGAACUUUAACGACCUUUCUGUUUUCAGCCUGUGCCACCUAUCUAGGUAAGAUGGCUUCCCCACUGGCCCCUGUGACUUCCACAGCAGCAUGGCUGCCACCAGGGCCACCCCUUCUAUCUCCAUCCUCUUUCCUUAACGGUGACUCAGGCUUGAGCCUGGCAAGGGACCUCGCUUUUAGCUUCUUCUCCUCCACCAAGGAGAGAGAUUGACCCCCUCCCAGAACAAGAGCUGGGAACGCAGGGGAUGUGGUAGGAGAGACCAGGUUCCUCUGGCCCUCUUUCACUACUGUCUUCUCCCUGUAGCUGUAAACCAACAUUCUUCCCUUGCUCUUGGGUAACAGCAAGCUACUGCUGGGUUUGUGUUGCGCAUGCCCAGUGAGCCCGGGAAGGACAGUCAGUAAGCACUGCUCUGCUCAGAGCUCCUGAUCCAACCCCCUGGGAACGAGGACCCGGGUCAAAGCCUCUAGGAAACCAGGCCCUGGCAGCAGCCUUGGAACUGCUGGAGGUGGGAGGGAGCCCACCUUCUCUCUUUCCCUCCCCUCUCCCCAUGUUACUCGAGCUCCUUAUCCUCAGUUAGAAUCUCCUGAGCUUGUUUCCCCACUGGGUGGGACAGAGUACAAAGGAGAAGAGGAUCUAGAAGAGGCAACCCUUCUUUGUCCUCUUGGGUAAAUGAGCUUGACCUAGUGAAAAUGGAAAGACCAAAAGCCUCUGAUUUUUAAUUUCCAUGAAAAUGUUAGAGAGAGAAGUAUAUAUAUAUAUAUAUUUCUUUAAAUUUUUGAGUCUUUGAUAUGUCUAUACAAACAAUCCAUUCCCUCUUCCCUGAAGCCUGAGUGAGACACAGGAAAAAGCUCUGUGCGUGUUUCAUUCAAAGGUGUUAAUUAAUUAAAUGAUUGAAACUUG